UCUGCAGUUGUCGUCGGGAUGAUGAAGGAUAGCAGCCAGCUAGGGAAAUGGCUCUUAUUGCUUUCAAAUGAAUGAUUCCCAGAUUUAUUGCAUAAACCAUUGGGCUGGGAUGGUUUGUUCGGUGGCUGACUGUCAGAUAUCUACUUGAUGGAUUCCAUUGAACAUUAUUAUUAGAAUGCAACCAACUGCCUCAAUCACUGAAGACUGUUUGACAAAGUAUCACAUUGCUUGACAGAACAGGUGCUUCUUGUGAAGGAGGCCUCCAAACUGUCCUCGAUUUACUGAACUGGAAAACAAAAUGAAGACAUCCCAGACCAUAAAUCAUGACUCUGGUUUACCUGUCGAUUUUUGACGGACGUAUAAAAUAAUCACUUGAUGUUUCAGUGUGUGUCUGCAGGAUACUGACUCUUUCUCUCUCUCUCACACACACACACACUAAAGGACAACUUCUUGUAUCAAUCCAGAGUUCCCAAAGAGGACCGUCAAAAUGUUUUCGGCUCUUAAGAAGCUGGUGGGCACCGAGCCUGGCCAGCUAGGAAACAAAAGCAUUCCAGCUGGUUUGCAGUCAAUGAACCAGAGCCUACAGAGAAGGUUUGCCAAGGGAGUACAGUAUAACAUGAAGAUCAUCAUCCGUGGAGAUCGGAACACGGGAAAGAGUGCCCUAUGGCACCGACUACAGGGGAAGAAGUUUCUGGAAGAGUACAUCCCCACACAAGAAAUCCAGGUCUCCAGCAUCCACUGGAACUAUAAAACGACAGACGACGUUGUCAAGGUGGAAGUUUGGGACGUGGUGGACAAAGCAGGGAAAGGCAAGAAGCGAGGAGAAAUGCUGAAAACGGAGAAUGAACCCAUGGAGAAUGAGACUGAGAUGGCUCUGGAUGCAGAGUUCCUGGACGUUUAUAAGAACUGUAAUGGAGUCAUCAUGAUGUUCGACAUCACCAAACAAUGGACAUUUGACUACAUCGUGCGGGAGCUGCCCAAAGUGCCUACCCACGUGCCUGUCUGUGUGUUGGGCAACCAGAGGGACAUGGGCGAACACCGGGUCAUCCUGCCCGACGACACCCGAGAGUUCCUCUGUCACCUCAACAGGCCUCCAGGUUCUUCUUACAUCCACUACGCUGAAUCUUCCAUGAAGAAUGGCUUUGGCCUCAAGUACCUGCAUCGCUUCUUCAAUAUCCCCUUCUUACAGCUGCAGAGGGAGACCCUGCUGAGACAACUGGAGACCAACCAGCUGGACAUAGACGCUACUCUGGAGGAGCUCAAUGUUCAGCAGGAGACUGAAGACCAGAACUAUGGCAUUUUCCUGGAGAUGAUGGAAGCCAGAAACAAAGCUGGCUUCAGCUCCCCGGGGGGCCCUUCCAACGGCCAGAGCCCCUCCUCAGGCUCCCAGUCCCCCAUCGUCCCGCAGAGCGGGCCCUCUACUCCUGGGGCCUGUCCCAGCCCCUGCACCCCCCAGCAACCCCCUCUCCCACCCCAGCCCCUAACUAUCUCCAACCCUAUCCCCAGGUCAGUUCAGGGUCCCCCCAUCUACACCAACCCUAACCUUAACCCGUGUCCCCCUCUCCAGAACACUGCACUCCCUAAGGGUCCAGGUUACCCACAGCAGCCCCCGGCCCCCCAGCCGCUGCCCCCAACCCCUCAGGGGCUCCACCAUGGGGGAACCACACCUGUCCCGACCCCCCAGUCACCCAGUGUCACCCAGGCCCCCCCUGCCCAGAAGAGAGGCUUCAUGUCGCGCCUCUUUGGAUCAGCCACCUCUGAGACUCCCGCCGAUUGCACAGACGAGAAGGUGCGGAAUGUGGAUGACUUUGUUCCCGAUGUGGGCACGGCCCGUCGCUUCCCGGAGGAGGGGGCUGCUGCCAAAGCCAAGGAGAAAGCUGGAAGAGCAGGCAACAUGGACAGUGACAGUGACGGUGAGGGCCGAGGGGGGAACCCCAUGGUGUCAGGGUUCCAGGACGAUUUUGCCCCAGAUGAGCUGUGCCAGUCUGUGCCCAAAUCUGUGCCCAAGGCAGCCACCGUCCCCAGCAUGGGCAUCACCCUGACCAGCGAUGAAGAAGAUGAGGGGACGAAGGCACUUAACGUCGUCCAGGAUGGUGGAUCGGACAGAAGGAGAUCCUCCAACGCUUUGAAGACUCAAAACAAGACCGGAGAAGCCAAGAAACCAGCGGGCUUAAAGAUGUCGUCCGAGCCCGUCUCAUUCCUGAACCCGACCCGAGCCCCGGUGCAGUCCAUGCGGGCAGGCAAGAAGAAGGGAGGGGAUGAAUCCUCCCACUCAGACCAAGAAGCUCCAGGGGACGAUCAGAUGCUCUCCUUCGUCAUGGACGAACCAGACUAUGAGGACGAGGAGUUUGAGAAGCCCAAGAAAAAGAAGGAGCCUUCGGCUAUACUGGAGGACCUGAAGCUGGUCCAGCCCUCUGUCCUCCCCAUCAAGAGCGACGACCUGGACCUGUUUGGACUGGGAUUCCAGGAUGUGGCGCCCAAGAGCAAGGAAAGCAGUGAGGACCAAGAUGACCGAGAAAGUAGAUCCUCAACAAAGGACAAGAAGAAGAAGAAGAAGAAAAGCAAAGAGGAGGACGACAAAAGCAGCAAGAAACGACACAAACAGAAGAAAAAGGAGGAGUCAGGGAGCGGGGACGAGAAAGAGAAGAAAAAGAAGAAGCCAAAGUCGACCAAGAAAGCCGGAGGCGUGGUUGACGACCUGGAGUCUUUCCUCGCCGGAGACGUAGACUACGAGGAGAUGUAGAAUAUCCCCCCCAGCAUCCAAUCAGGACUACGUUCUACUUCAGCGUUCUAGGGUCAGGAUGUAGCCAUGCAGACGAGAGAAUGCGUCGACUGACUGGCUGAGUGAUCGAAGACUGCAAUUCUCAUUGGGUGAUAGUUAUUUCCCACUUCCUGACGUUGUGGUGCCUCUACAGUGGUUAGAUUUUGAUAAUUUGUGAUUGACAUUGACGUUGUUUGUUUUGCUUACCCUUUCACUGUACAUGCAACACUACCGUCAUACAACAACACUACUGCAAAACUGUAGCUGGUAUAUCCAGGUUUUGAGUUUACGCUCAGAGGACAAAACCACCAUUACUUUGAUGUUUCCACGGUUGAAUACACUUGGGUACACUCACUGCAAUGUCUUUGCUAUUUCAUUUGUCUUUUUCCAUUGGGCCUGCUUUCUGGGAAAGGCUUUAGAACUGACUCUAGUACGGAGUUGUGACUUUCUAUAUGGCAGCGCUCUCCUUUACGCUGACCAGUGUUCAGGAGUCGGGGGACGUGUGUGCAUUCAUUAUGAAUUAUGUUGAACAUUGCUUCAGCAGCGAUAUAAAUGUUAUUUAUGUUUAUCUGGUGUUGGCUUUUCGAACUACGACUAUGUCUAGGUACAGUAGGAGUUUGUGAGUGUUUACUGAACAAGACAUUUUGGGAGUUUCUCUGAACUGAUUCAGCAAAUUUCACUGUGCAUGAUCAUUUUGUUUUGGUUUGAUGUCAAUGCCUUAAGGAAAGCUUUACUUUGGAAAGGGUUACUUUAACACUGGAAAGGGUUACUUUAACACUGGAAAGGGUUACUUUAACACUGGAAAGGGUUACUUUAACACUGGGAAAGGGUUACUUUAACACGGGAAAGGGUUACUUUAACACUGGGAAAGGGUUACUUUAACACUGGGAAAGGGUUACUUUAACACUGGAAAGGGUUACUUUAACACUGGGAAAGGGUUACUUUAACACUGGAAAGGGUUACUUUAACACUGGGAAAGGGUUACUUUAACACGGGAAAGGGUUACUUUAACACUGGGAAAGGGUUACUUUAACACGGGAAAGGGUUACUUUAACACUGGGAAAGGGUUACUUUAACACUGGGAAAGGGUUACUUUAACACUGGAAAGGGUUACUUUAACACUGGGAAAGGGUUACUUUAACACUGGGAAAGGGUUACUUUAACACUGGGAAAGGGUUACUUUAACACUGGAAAGGGUUACUUUAACACUGGGAAAGGGUUACUUUAACACUGGAAAGGGUUACUUCAACACUGGAAAAGGUUACUUUAACACUGGAAAGGGUUACUUUAACACGGGAAAGGGUUACUUUAACACUGGAAAGGGUUACUUUAACACUGGGAAAGGGUUACUUUAACACGGGAAAGGGUUACUUUAACACUGGGAAAGGGUUACUUUAACACUGGAAAGGGUUACUUUAACACUGGGAAAGGGUUACUUUAACACUGGAAAGGGUUACUUUAACACGGGAAAGGGUUACUUUAACACUGGGAAAGGGUUACUUUAACACUGGGAAAGGGUUACUUUAACACUGGAAAGGGUUACUUUAACACGGGAAAGGGUUACUUUAACACGGGAAAGGGUUACUUUAACACUGGAAAGGGUUACUUUAACACUGGGAAAGGGUUACUUUAACACUGGGAAAGGGUUACUUUAACACUGGAAAGGGUUACUUUAACACUGGAAAGGGUUACUUUAACACGGGAAAGGGUUACUUUAACACUGGGAAAGGGUUACUUUAACACUGGAAAGGGUUACUUUAACACUGGAAAGGGUUCCUUUAACACGGGAAAGGGUUACUUUAACACUGGGAAAGGGUUACUUUAACACUGGGAAAGGGUUACUUUAACACUGGAAAGGGUUACUUUAACACUGGAAAGGGUUACUUUAACACUGGAAAGGGUUACUUUAACACGGGAAAGGGUUACUUUAACACUGGAAAGGGUUACUUUAACACUGGGAAAGGGUUACUUUAACACUGGAAAGGGUUACUUUAACACUGGGAAAGGGUUACUUUAACACUGGAAAGGGUUACUUUAACACUGGAAAGGGUUACUUUAACACUGGAAUGGGUUACUUUAACACUGGAAAUGGUUACUUUAACACUGGAAUGGUUACUUUAACACUGGAAAGGGUUACUUUAACACUGGAAAGGGUUACUUCAACACUGGAAAGGGUUACUUUAACACUGGGAAAGGGUUACUUUAACACUGGAAAGGGUUACUUUAACACGGGAAAGGGUUACUUUAACACUGGAAAGGGUUACUUUAACAAUGGGAAAGGGUUACUUUAACACUGGGAAAGGGUUACUUUAACACUGGGAAAGGGUUACUUUAACACUGGAAAGGGUUACUUUAACACUGGAAAGGGUUACUUUAACAAUGGGAAAGGGUUACUUUAACACUGGGAAAGGGUUACUUUAACACUGGGAAAGGGUUACUUUAACACUGGGAAAGGGUUACUUUAACACUGGGAAAGGGUUACUUUAACACUGGGAAAGGGUUACUUUAACACUGGGAAAGGGUUACUUUAACACUGGAAAGGGUUACUUUAACACUGGGAAAGGGUUACUUUAACACUGGGAAAGGGUUACUUUAACACUGGAAUGGGUUACUUCAACACUGGAAAGGGUUACUUUAACACUGGGAAAGGGUUACUUUAACACUGGGAAAGGGUUACUUUAACACUGGAAAGGGUUACUUUAACACUGGAAAGGGUUACUUUAACACUGGAAUGGUUACUUUAACACUGGAAAGGGUUACUUUAACACUGGAAAGGGUUACUUUAACACGGGAAAGGGUUACUUUAACACUGGAAAGGGUUACUUUAACACUGGAAAGGGUUACUUUAACACUGGAAAGGGUUACUUUAACACUGGAAAUGGUUACUUUAACACUGGAAUGGUUACUUUAACACUGGAAAGGGUUACUUUAACACUGGAAAGGGUUACUUCAACACUGGAAAGGGUUACUUUAACACUGGGAAAGGGUUACUUUAACACUGGAAAGGGUUACUUUAACACGGGAAAGGGUUACUUUAACACUGGAAAGGGUUACUUUAACAAUGGGAAAGGGUUACUUUAACACUGGGAAAGGGUUACUUUAACACUGGGAAAGGGUUACUUUAACACUGGAAAGGGUUACUUUAACACUGGAAAGGGUUACUUUAACAAUGGGAAAGGGUUACUUUAACACUGGGAAAGGGUUACUUUAACACUGGGAAAGGGUUACUUUAACACUGGGAAAGGGUUACUUUAACACUGGGAAAGGGUUACUUUAACACUGGGAAAGGGUUACUUUAACACUGGGAAAGGGUUACUUUAACACUGGAAAGGGUUACUUUAACACUGGGAAAGGGUUACUUUAACACUGGGAAAGGGUUACUUUAACACUGGAAUGGGUUACUUUAACACUGGGAAAGGGUUACUUUAACACUGGAAAGGGUUACUUCAACACUGGGAAAGGGUUACUUUAACACUGGAAAGGGUUACUUUAACACUGGAAAGUGGCGAUAUGAAUGCCUUUUAGUAGUAGAGAUUUGAUUGUUCAAUGAUGCCGUCAUUCUGGCAAAACACAAUGCAAGGGAAGCCAAGAUACAAUGUUUUUUUUUUCAACCUGCUGUUCUGUUAAGUCAUGUUGUUGUUUUUACUAAGGGGCAGUUGUAAAAUGUCAUUUGACGUUUUUUUUUCCUAAUUUCUUCCGUUAACCAAAUGAUGUGUUUCUUGAGACAUGUUUUAAUAUUUCCGUGGUUACCUGUAACUUUUACACUAGUUUGCUUGGAUCCUAUUUCUUGAUGUUGCUAAGCACCAUGUGGGAUGGUUUUGCUGUGUAGAGUGAUAUCUCAUAGCCCUUACUGAACUUGUUUACUUUACUGUAGGGGAGUGUGGAAGUCUGCUAGUGAGUCAUAACUACACACUACUAUCUAUCUACACUCCGAUCCAGGGGAUGUUUACAACAAAGUAAAUGGCCUAAAGCUAUUCAUUCCACCUUAAGUCCCCUUAGAAAGAAUUGACAAAAUAUCAGGAAUGUAUUUAGAUAUCAUACAAGUAUGCAUUGUUACCAUUCCAUAUUUAUUUUGAAAUAUUAAGAAAAUAUUUUUGGACAUUAAACAAAUCCCAUGUUAAUAUAUCCAUUAUAGAAAAGUAUAUGCACAAAUAUUUAUUCAUGCAUUUGUACUGCAUAUUUCUCUGUGUGUUUUUACCUUGCUCCUCUCUGUUGUCUCUAAAAUAGGUAUUUUGGACUGUCUUUAAAAGAGACACUACAUAUCCAAUUCCACCCAGCCAUCUAGGGGCCGUGACUGCAGUUUACUGCUAGUUAGGUAUCCUUACCACUGCCUCACUGUAUAUCAUCAGGGAGAACAUGCAACAUUUCCAGACUGUGUAUCGGAACCUACUGUACAUCAAUAGAACUCUUACUUACAUCAAUAAAACUGUUCCAUCAAUAGAACUCUUACUUACAUCAAUAGAACUGUUUCAUCAAUAGAACUGUUUCAUCAAUAGAACUGUUUCAUCAAUAGAACUGUUCCAUCAAUAGAACUGUUCCAUCAAUAGAACUGUUCCAUCAAUAGAACUGUUCCAUCAAUAGAACUGUUUCAUCAAUAGAACUCUUACUUACAUCAAUAAAACUGUUCCAUCAAUAGAACUCUUACUUACAUCAAUAGAACUGUUUCAUCAAUAGAACUGUUUCAUCAAUAGAACUGUUUCAUCAAUAGAACUGUUUCAUCAAUAGAACUGUUUCAUCAAUAGAACUCUUACUUACAUCGAUAGAACUGUUUCAUCAACAGAACUGUUUCAUCAAUAGAACUCUUACUUUCAUCAAUAGAACUGUUUCAUCAAUAGAACUGUUUCAUCAAUAGAACUGUUUCAUCAAUAGAACUGUUUCAUCAAUAGAACUGUUCCAUCAAUAGAACUGUUUCAUCAAUAGAACUGUUCCAUCAAUAGAACUGUUCCAUCAAUAGAACUCUUACUUACAUCAAUAGAACUGUUUCAUCAAAGAACUGACUCAUCAAUAGAACUGUUUCAUCAAUAGAACUCUUACUUACAUCAAUAGAACUGUCCCAAGAGACGGCUCUGCGAGCGUUUGUUGAAUCAGGUAGACCUCUAGCUCUGUCUUUCCCUGAAUGCUUCUAUAUCCUUGGUUCUCUCUGGUUGAAGGCGGUAUACUCUGGGGACACCGGGGUCCCCUCACACCUUAUCCCCUCUUCUGGCUUAGUCCUCUUUCUCACCCUAGGGAGUGAUGUCAUUUUUUGCUGUAGCCUAACCCUCCCAGCUGGCUUGACGGGAGGGAACCCAAUGUGGCGAGGUGGACUCCCAGGCUGACCAUGGGGUCAUCCUCAGUGUUUCCCCCUCAUGCAGCUGUCUGCCUGUCAGGCUAGCUGCUAGGCCAGGGCACCCACCCCUACUGCUCACGAUGGAGCAAAUCCUAACUUCCUCUCCAGUCGAAUAAUGUCAGUUGGUGUCCUGUUGACAUUAACGCAUGACUAAGUGAACAUUUUGCUUAAGUGGAAGUUAGGAGUCACCCCUAUGAAAGUCAAAUCCCAGGCGAGCCAUGUCAACUCGUCUGCAUGAGCGUCACUGUGAGAAACAACAACACACCUGGCUGUACCACUGUAGAAUUAGAAUUUGUAGAACAGACAUUGUUAGUGCAUACAUUAUGGAGGAAUAGUGUCUUUUCUAGGCAUUCUAAUUCUGUGUUUAUGUAAUAUAACCCAGUCCUACCCAGACCUGUUUUGUUUUUUGGUGGUUGAUUUUGUUUCAUUGAAUUAUUCUGCUUUUUGUUCAAUGAUGUGUGAAGGAAUUUAUUUUGAUUCAUGUAGAUCAAACAAAUGCAACUUUUUGUUUACUGCUUUUUCUGUGGUAUGAUGUCUUCUGGGUAAAGUUCAAACAGGAAUCAUCCAAAUCAUGCAAACUGCCAGUGAAAUGUGGCAACAAGCGAACUUGAGAUUGCUGUUACCUCUUGGUUACAUCUUCCAAAAAAUUCCACCUUGAUUGUAAAUGUAAUAUCCGUUGUGCAUUGUCUUCAUCUUGCUCCCUGCAUAUUGUCUUUGUUGAGGUAGUUGUGUGUAUAGUUGAUUGAACUGUUGGUUGAAUUUGGUCUGUUUAUGUGUAUGCAUCUGAAUAUAUUGAGAGAUGGUGGGCAACUGGGAGGGGGAAGAGAUUAUUUUGACAUUCCUCUUAUGCAUCUACACACUGUAAGUGAUAAAAUUGUCUAAUAAAUGCAAAAAUACUUUCA